UUCACAGAACGCUAAGUACCGAGAGUGUGUGUGACGCUAUUUUCAAACAAGAACUUCCCGUUGCCGUCUUGUUGAUUCGUUUACCUUGAACGGGUUCGGUACGCGUUUUUGUUUUCAAAUUCUAUUUAUUCCGAGUGAAAAUGAAGUACUUGAUUGCUAUUGUCCUCCUUAUUGCUGCCGCCCAAGCUGUACCCAUAGAGUAUGGACAUUAUCCAGGGCCGCUGUUAGCCCAUGCCCCAGUUUUAGCCCACGCUGUGCAUGCCGAGCCUGUGGCAUACCCGAAAUACUCUUUCAACUAUGGCAUUAAAGAUCCGCACACUGGUGACAUUAAAUCGCAAGCCGAAGAACGUGACGGCGAUGUAGUAAAGGGCCAAUACUCGCUCGUCGAACCCGAUGGUUCAGUGCGCACUGUUGAUUACACUGCUGAUGAUCACAACGGAUUCAACGCUGUCGUACACAAAACGGCACCCAAAGUAAUCGCUCAUGCCCCGGUGUUGGCACACGCUCCUCUACUGGCACAUGCGCCUGCUCCGCUUCUGCAUCACUAUUAAAUGGGCUAACCGUUUGGCCGAAUGGCGUUUGGAAGAAUUGGAUUUGGAACCUGAAAAUAAGAUCGUUUUAGAAUUGAAUGGAUUUUGAAAUCGAUUGGAAAGCUGUACGUGAUUUAUAACGUCGAGGGGUUGACCAAACGAUCUUACAAACAGGACAGCCACCUCUUCACCACUCGCCACCCAGCCACUUACAAUAUUUGCACACCCACUCACAUACUCAUUAACUCACUCAAUCAUUGUACUCGCAAUGCAAACGGGUACUUGCAUUUAUCGAAUAAUAUGUUAAGCGAUUUUAAAUGCAACUAAUCGAUAAUUAAUGUUUAAACAAGGGUUUAUUCAAAAGGCGAUGAAAGCGAUUAAAAUGUUGAAAAGGCAGGAAUAGAACAAACAAAUGAAAUGAAAUGAUAUUACAUUCUCUCUCUCACUCACUCACUCACUCUUCGUAGUUUAACAAGUUUAUCGUAUAUAUGUUUUAUUUUAUUAAACAAAUAUUGUAGAAGAAGAAGAAGGAGUAGUAGUUAUAGUAAUAGUAGACGAAAAUGGAGAUCAUCGUUCAUAUUAUGUAAUGUAGGGACUUUCUUUCUCUUAACUAUACUUUUGUUCUAACACAG